AUGGGUGUAGCUGUCUCUUGUGUGGAGAAUGCCGUCCGAGAUGUAGACACUGAAUGUGGUGAUUGGGGCCCGUUAGCUGCAUCGGUCUCGAGUGUCCAGGGUUGGCGUCGAUCUAUGGAGGAUGCACACGUGGCCUAUUGGGAUGCCGAUAAAAAGAUUGGCAUUUUUGGAGUGUUCGAUGGUCACGGUGGGCAAGCAGUAGCAUUGUAUGUUGCGAAACAUCUAGUACCGGUUUUGACCGAUCGAGAAGCAUACCGCCAAGGGAAGUACGAGAGAGCCCUGCAUGAGACCUUUAUGGAGCUAGAUAGGCUUAUGAUGACUCAGAAGGGACAGAAGGAGGUCGCUAUGCUCGAUAAAGAAGCGCAGGCGGCGUGUCCGGAUCCUAUCAUACGCUUGCCUAUUGAUGCGGUUAAGAGUGAUCUGCUAGCUUUGAUCGGUGGGGACUCUAGUGAUGAGGACUCGGAUGACUCUGAUGAUGAUAGUGAGGAUAGCAGUCCCGAAGUAGCUCCUAAUGAGGAGCCUAGGGAUGUUGAUAUGAAGGGAGAGGAGGGUGCUGCUGCUACUGGUGAUGGACCGGAUGGACGUAGGCGGAGUACUAGGAUUGCCGCUACCAAACAGCGGCCAAAGAAGGACAAGAAACAGCUUGCACUCGACGGUAUAUUGUUUCUACUCGAAGUCCUCAUACCGGACCUACCGAAAGACCUGAGGUCCCGUGUGGAAUGUACCGAUGAUGGCUUUUUGGAACUGCGUCAGUCUACCUUCAAUGACGUUAUUGGUAGAGACUCUUCCCCUGAAGGGCAGGGUUGCACUGCUGUUGUGUGUUUGGUCCUUCUUGGUGAUGAUGAGGAAUUCCCAAGGCUUGUAUGUGCUAAUGCUGGGGACUCUAGGUGUUUUGUUGUCCGAGAUGGGAAGGCAUAUGAUCUUUCGGAGGACCAUAAGCCUUCACAGCCUGUCGAGAAGGAACGCAUCACCCAGGCGGGUGGGAUAAUACAGCAGUGUGAAGGAGGCGAUAGAGUCCAAGGUGACCUCAACCUGUCCCGUUCACUUGGUGAUCAUCGAUAUAAGAAGGAUAAGAAGCUGUAUCCUGAGUGCCAGAUUAUUUCGGGCAUGCCGGACAUCAGAGUGCGUGCAUUGACGAGUAAAGAUACUCAUAUUGUACUGGGCUGUGAUGGUGUGUGGGAAGUUCAUACAAAUGAGGGAGCUGCUGAGAAGGUGGUGGCAUUCGAGCGAAAGUUGGAACAGGGCUCUACUUUGGAAGUACCGCAACCCACGAGCAGCACAGUCCACUGUAUUGAUGGUAGCGUGGAGGAUGCGGUGACAGAGUCUCUGUGUAAAAUAACGAGUUCCAUGUGUAUUAGUUCAGUGAGACAAUCGCUAGUACCUGACGAAGCUGGCGGUGAGUGCGAGGGUACAGACAACGUAACGUUCAUGUUGGUUCGGAUACCACCUGCAUUACGGGAAGGGUUGAAGCCCCUCCCUAGCGAGAUGGAAAAGAAAGAGGAGGAUCCAAGGCCGGCGAGCCCGUUGGUUUUUGGAAGAGGCCCUGGUACUAAGACGGCCUGUGAAGCAGCCUUGAAGGUUAUGCGAGGAAAGAGAAAACGACGUGAUGGGAAGAACAAGAAGAAGAAUAGACAACAACACUCCAAGAAGUAG